UGUGCUUUUACAUCACUACGAUUGAUUGACUUGACUGCAAAAUAAAACAAAUAAAUAGACGUGCGGCGAAGAAGGGGAUUACCUGGUACCGACUAUACGAAGAGACUACUUUCGCCGACCCGCAACCACCCUCGGCCACGCCCCCUGCUCGCCCUUGGAGCGUCUUCGACGAAGGAUGUCCGCUGUGGAGGCCGAGGUGCUGCAGAAAAUCGAUCUGAUUGAGCCCACGACCGGAAAAUUGUUUUUCGAGCACAAAAGUGAGCUGCUUUUCUGCCGGCCACACCUGAUGCCGCUGAAGACGCAGGCGCUGGAACGUCUGGAGGAAAUGCAUCGGGACACUGCCCGGCAAUUGCAGAAGAAGCGCCACCAGCAGAAGUCCGCGGAGCCCACUGGCUCGCUAUGA